AUGCCUCGCACAUCUCGCAAGGCAAAACAGACGCGACUUGCCUUUGCUCCCGCGGACCCCGCCGACGACGAAACCCCCGACAAGGAUGGUCGCUUCGCAAGGCUUGCAUACGGGCAUCCAAGUAAGGCCACAGUUCGGCCCGAAAAGUCUCAGAGCAGCCAGCCAAAGUCGACGAAGAAACGACCCUCCAAGCCGUCAACGCGGAAUAAAGAUGCAGAGCAGCCGGAGUCUCGGUCUGUGAAAAAGGAAGCUUCGCCAAAACCAAAAGAUGAGGAUCAAGGUAAGCUCUGCAUCUUAUUCCACGCGAUUAGAGUUGGUGUUGCUCACGAUCGACAAGAUCAGCUUUUCAUCCAGGACAACCCAGACAAUUCUUCGGACGACAUCGUUGCUCCGAGCUCUCAAAGGCGAAAGCAGCACGCACACCCGCUUGUGGAGGCUGUUAUCCCGAGCCCCUCGAAACCUGUUAAGUCUAAGCCAGCGGAGGAACCAAUCGAUUCGGAUAAUUCGGUGGAGGAAGUGCCCCGGCCGCGUCGCAAACUCAAGCGCAAGGCGGAAAGCUCUCCAAUUACUCUGAGCGACUCGGAAGAGUCGGAAGAGCCACUCUUGUCUUCGCCAGCCAAGAGACGCAGGCCUGUCCAGAGUCCACAGACUCCCCAGACGCCGCGCUCGAGUGCUGCCCGCGACGAACUAGAUCUCGAGGAAGACUUGAAAGAUCUUCAGGACUCAGUUGUCAAAAAAGGCCGCACUCGUGGCCGGGUUGCCGAGUCGGCGAGGGACAAGAGGCUCAGGCACUUGGAAACCCUCCGUCGCAGACGCGCCGGAUUGAAAGAAGAGAGCGAGGAAGAACCAGACGCAGAACCCGAGCAGGCUGAAAGCGAUGCCAGUUCAACCGAGCGACAUGUUGAACCCUCACCCGUUCCCAGCAACGAAGAUCUCGACCGUUACGAAGAGGACUUUGUCCUGGAGGAUGAGGAUGACGGACUCGGCGUGCCUACUGAGGAAAUUCCCUUUGAGUUCACGCGGCAUGCAUACAAGCAGCCCAAAGAAUACUUCCGCGAUGUCGUUGGAUGGAUGGUGCAUAACCGGCUCAAUCCUGCGUUCCCUCGGUCCGAUGCCCUCUAUGAAAUGGCCUUCAUGAAGCUAGAGGACGAGGUCAAAGGACGAGCCGGCUCUCAGUUAAUUUCCUCCGUGUGGAAUGCAGGGUUUCGCCGAGCUCUGCUGGCUCGGCCUCAUAUGGAGAUCACAGCUUUCCCCACAGAGGAAAACCAUCCGUGUGACGCCUGCAAUCGCUCUGGUCACCCUGCCUCGACUGAUAUGAAGCUAUAUGGAAAAGCAUAUUCUCUGCAGACCCUCGAGCCACUAAGGGAUGAGGACAGCAGCGAGGAACAAUCAGACGAAGGAGAUUCGGACUCUAUGCAGGAGCGGGACAGAGAUGGACAUGUCCUCCCGGAUGAGAGCACACGGUUCUUUCUCGGAAGACAAUGCAAAGCGAAAGCCCAGCUCGCCCAUACCCUGACCCACUGGCGCUACCACCUCAAUGAAUGGGUCACCGACUACUUGGAGCGCAAAGGCCAGAUGAAGGACGACGAGAUCCUCAAACGGAACGACAUGAGCACGAAACGCAGAACCAGACAUGCUAAUGCGGUCCUGGACUCGAUGGUCGCAGCCGGUGAGAUCAGCAAGCUGUGGCAUGACUUUCACCUUAACCUCAAAUCUGCGCGCGAAACAACGGUAGGCAUUAAACCCGGUUAUGAUUCUGGUGGAAACUUGGCUAAUGAGUGCAUGAUUUAG